AUGAGUGGACGCAACCAGAGACGCGUGUCUGCCACCGGGCAGUCUUCCCAGUCGCCAAUCCUAUAUCAACACGCCAACGGUGCUUCUCCCACGCAACGGGUGUCCUCCAAAAGCCGUCCCUCCUAUAUCGCCAAGUCACAAUUUUCGGCGAUGAAUUCGUGUCCCCAGACCCCUCCACGUCGGAAUUCAAAAGAUGCCGGGGCCUCGUCUCUGGUCAACCCUACUUCGACCAUCCUCCAGGGCUUGAUCAAGGAGCAACGGGCAAUUCGUGGAUCUCAAAAGACCACCUCUGACCCUGAGGAGGUCGUCUCAGGCACGCCGUCCUCAUCACAAUCACAGUCUCAGUCUCAGUCGCAGUCGCAAGAAGAAACCUCGUCGGAGAAGCAAAGAAAAGUUAGCACCGCUCUUUCGGCAGGCCUCAAACAACCCCGUGAAAUGGGGAUCCGAGAGAUGGAUCAGUACAUUUCCAAGAUGAACAAACUGAACUUUGACUUGAAACUUGAAAUAUUCCAUCGCUCCCAGCAGGUGGCUGCUCUGGAGAAGAAGCUAGAGCGGAUGCAUGAGCUGGAAGAAGAGCUGGAACGGAUGCGGGGCUUGGAGGAGGAAUUGGAAGAGCUUCGAGAAGUUGAAGGAAACAACCAGCGACUGCGAGAACAAAAUGAAAAGCUCCAACUCGAACUCGACAAGCGGGAUCAGGCGAUCCAUGAGGCUGUGGAACUGAUCUGUCAACUGGAGGCAAAGAUAGAAGAAAUGCAAGCAGAUCAGACUGAUUCGCGCCCAUCAACUGCCCGGCCUCGUUCGAGUAACGAGUCGUUAGAAACUGGUCCUGGGCUUGUGGAAGUCUCAACACCAAAGGCCCAGAUCAUAGUCGACAUUCCCGACAGAACUUCCUCGAAGCGAGGCACUUACCGUCCCCCGAGGAAGGCACCGUCCUUCCUUCGCGAAGAGAACCGAAGCACGGCUGCUCUCCGCAGCUUGUAUCUGUCCGAUGAAAACAAGUCUCUCAGGUCCUUCAGUGCAUCAACAAUGGCCACAAGCAUGGAAUCGACAACGGAACCCGAAUCCCCGAGGCUGAGCAUCCUCAGCGAAUGCAGCUACUUCAGUCCGCAGGACGUUCAACCAGGCAAGGAUGGAUUCGAUCAGCUUGACCGGCUCGACCAGCUCGACUUUGAUGCUGCUCAGAAGCCCUCCUCGGAUGCUAACCCGUCGGAGAAUGGCCGAGACGACAGCGAGAUGAAGGAGAGCCAGAUUGACCGGAUCAAGUGCUGGAUCCAGCCUCAGCAAGAACCCCCGCGUCCCACCGCGCCACGACGCCGACCUCGAGCAAUUUCCGAAGUCUCCAAGGGAACACAGAUUCACGUCGAUGAGGCCUUCAAUCCCAUGCACCAGCAACCAACCUUUUAUGUCGAAAGUCCUACCCGGAAUAAUCCUCCUCCUAUCUUUGGUGGGAGGCUGCCCCCCACUCCAGACACGAUGAGCACAUCAGUGCUAGGGGCGAGAAGCGGUUCGAAUGCGAGUGAGGCCGCGGAGAAGUGUGCGCCUGAUCAGAAGAUGCCCGCCAGCCCGGUUUCAAUGCAGAGAAGACUUGGUCGACCGCGCUCGGCGGGGGAGAUAACACAACGGCCAAGCACCGCUGUAAGUAGACUUUCAGAUAGCGGGGAAACAACCAUGACCGAUGCCACGCAACACGCGAUGAGCAUCCGCGGACGAGACGAAAUAACCGGACUGUUCCAUUCGUUCAAUUACUUCGGCCGGGGCUCGUCCAAAGCCACCCGAGUUCUAGGUCCAGGGAGUCCAAGUAACCCACGGCUGAGCUGCUACGGUGGAGAUCUGCUGUUCAAUGGAGAAGGGGUUGAAGAGAUCGUGUCAGGAAUGAGACCAGGCCGUACUCCUUCAUUCAACUCCAUCGCUUCGGAUGCUCAGUCAACUCAAUUAUCUCCUUGUCCUUCUCCUUUGACCCCUCAAGAUUGGCUGGAGGCUGCUAAACCUCAGUCGAAAAAAGAGCGAAACAGAUCGGAGGUUCAGUUCGCCCAAGACCAGAAACGAACGGACGUUGAUACUGCCGAACAACCGAAUGAAGCACAAGCACCCAAUGGUGAGCCUUCCAGUACAGACGAGCCACAGCUCCCACGCAAUCCUCCGCUUCGACUGCGCGCCUGGGCGAAUAAUCCCCAACCAACUGCAGAAGCUCCACCUCGACGACGCUUAUCCCUUCGUCCUCGUUUUUUCAGCCGUACCGGGGCCAACUCUCAACGCCAACAGCAGCAGGACCCCAUGUCUGACCCCGUCGAUGGACCCGAGGCUCCUUCGCCCGUUAUACGGAAACACAGUGACAUGGUAGUGUCCCGUCAUCGGAGAGCCGACUCCGGUCCUCUUCCCGCAAAUGUUACUGCUAAACUAGGUACUGAUGGAGGCAGUCGGCCGGCGGGCAAUCGCGCUAUUCCCCGGCCCUUCACAGAAUCGCGGCCUUCUUCAGCAUCGCGUCCAGUGACAUCAGAUAGUUCGGAACCGCGUCGACGAGGCUCUCUCUUCGGGUGGAUGAAAGGAGCAAGUAGUCUGGGCUCGUCAAGCAAGGAGGCCGAGCCCACCACUAACAGCUCUGCAGCUCCAGCCCGAGACAAGAGCAAGUCCUCCUCCCUUGCGCCUGCUGCUACAUUGAACAAUGACAGCACUGCGUCUAAGCCCAAGGCUUCUGCACCAGCUGAAGAGGAGCCGGAGUGGAAAGCCAGAAGGCGUUCUCGACGAAUGGGAUGA